AUGAGAAAUUUCGAUAACACGAGCAGCAAUACUUGCCAGAGUGGAUACUCUGCACAAUUAGAGAGCAGUUUAGUUUCUUCAUCUGGUGAUGACGCAAUGAAUACUACGAAACGAAAGAGCAAAUUCUUGAGUUUUACCAAAAUUUGUACCUUUUCUCUUCUUAUGACGAUGUCCCAGUGUUACGAAAAUGCCAACUCGAACAGUUCCCUUUGCACGUUCAGCGGCCAUAACAAUGGUGAAGGUUUAAGAUCCCUCAGAAUGUUAGCAUCUGCUGAAUCGAAAGAAGACCAGUUCGAAAGUGCAACCGUAGAAAAUGAAUACGAGGAGGAUACUCAAGUGCAAAAGGAGAAGAAAAAAUGUAAAGCAUCAUCUCCAUCAUCAUCGCCACAAAGCGAUGCAGUUGACAAGACGUGCCCAACUGAAUGUGGAGCCUGCACAUGUGGUUUUAAAACGUUAGAUUUAUAUUUUGAAAAGAAAUUAUUCGAUAUCUUAGACGCGGGAAACAAAAAAGCUCAAGCGGUUGUGGAUUCCGGCACUCACAUUAUGAAUGGAUUAAAGAACUAUCUUAAAUAUGUCCUUCUUUUCUCACCACUUUUACUUGAAUUUUUGGCAAGCAAACUUUUAGUAUCCGGACAUUAUAAGACGUCUCAAUUCAUAUCCAGCGUGUGUGUUACCUUUUACCUGUAUGUGUUUUACAAAAUUAUGGAGCGUUACGCUUUGGAAAGAGACGCUUAUCUAGAUUAUGAGUACUACUCUCCACGUAAAGGUGCCUCCCGCAGCGGAUGUAGUGGCGGUAACUGUGAAGCCUCCUGCGGUAAGAAUGCCUGCCCUGGUAGCAACUGCGAAAGAUCCUGCAACAAGAAGAGUGAUUCCUGCAGCAAAAAAUAA